UCUUUUUUUCCCUUUAUUAGAUCUGUUUCACGUUUGCGCUGCUUCGUUGCACUCACCCUUUCUCUCUCUCCAUUGGAGCGUACUCUCAAUUCUCCAUUGAAGCGGCUUGCGAGCUUUCUCUCCUCCAUUGAAGCGGCUUCUGAGGCAACUUUCUUUGAUUGGCUGGUUAUUUAGGUGGAGUUUCAAGUUAUAACAGCUUAAAGAACUUCGUAGUUCUGUUUGCUAAAGAAUUGGUUCUUUGCAUGUUAUGUUGGCUGGCUGGUAGUGGUUUUUCUUGAGGUCGAAUAUGUUGCAUUUUCUUGCUACUAUUUCUGUGCUGAAAUCCUCAUGGUAUUUUGGAAUGAGAUUGAAUACUUGUUGAUGACUUACGCUAAGAUAGAGUUCUGGAUACUUGAAAACUUACCAUGGAGCCUCAAAAUGAGUUUAAACAAAUGUACCACAAUUAUGUCGUAGCUGGUAAUGAAGAAGUUCAUCCUGUCUCCGAGAGGUUUAUGCAAGAUGCUACAAACUGCAUAAACAUGAACAUGAGACCUCCAGAGAGUAGUGCAUCAGAAGUCAAGCCAGUUCAUAAUUUUUCCAUACAGACAGGAGAGGAAUUUGCUCUUGAGUUUAUGCGUGACCGUGUCCACUCGCGCAAACCUGCUGUCUCAAAUGCAGUUAAUGAUCCACAUGGUGCUACAAGUUAUAUGGAUCUUAAAGGUAUUUUAGGCAUCAGGCAUACGGGGUCUGAAAGUGGGUCAGAUGUAUCUAUGCUUACACUAUCGGAAAAAGGCCCGAAAGAGUUUGAAAGAAAGAACCCAUCAUUUAAUGAGGGGAAAAUUACACAUGGGUCAAUGCAGACAAUGCGCCAGAAUUCCUCGGCUUAUGGAAGUAGUCGAGGUUUGCAUGGCUAUGCUUCAUCUGGAACAUCAGAUAGUUCAUCAACAAAGAUAAAGGUACUCUGCAGCUUUGGAGGUAAGAUUUUACCUCGUCCAAGUGAUGGGAGGCUUCGAUAUGUUGGGGGUGAGACACGUAUAAUUCGUAUAAACAAAGAUAUUUCUUGGCAGGAGCUUAAGCAGAAAACAUCUGCAAUGUUAGAUUGCCCUCAUACCAUUAAGUAUCAGCUUCCAGGGGAAGAUCUCGAUGCUCUGGUGUCAGUGUCAAGUGACGAGGAUCUGCAGAAUAUGAUGGAAGAGAGUAAUGUUUUGGGUAAUGGAGAAGCAAUGAAAAAACUCAGGCUAUUUCUGUUAACCUCAAGUGAUUUGGAGGAAGCUCAUUAUAGUUUGAGUGGCGGAGAUGUGGAUUCUGAGUUUCAGUAUGUUGUUGCUUUGAAUUGCAUGGAGAUGGGAAGUAGAAAACACUCAGGCAUGCAUGAUAUAGCAAGCUCUUCAGCGAAUGAUCUAGAUUCAUUAAUGGGCCAUAAUGCUGACAGGGGUAUUAACAAUGUAGCAGGUGCAGUUGGAGUAAGCAGUUCAUCUCAUGGUGGAGGUGCUGUCCCGUCAACAGGAAUACCACCUUCACAACCAAUUAUACCUGGAACUUCCAGCAGUCAUUUACCCCAUCCUCAUCAGUUUCAAGGACAAGCGAUUCACCUUGAAGAAUUUAAGGGGUAUCCACUGCACGGUGGUCAUGAUGUUCAUCCCUCUGCACACUUGACCCGGGAGGCAAGUAAUACUAUUACGUCACAGCAUGGAAUGUCAACACAUCUUCAGAAAACGAUAGAUGCUCAGGGUGACACAAAGGGUAAUCUUCCUACUGAAGAAGCAUCUGGAUCCACUUUCAACAAUGCUGUAGUGAAAGAUUUCUCAGAGUUACCACCAAAAGGUGAAAAAAGACACAGGGAACAUAGCCAGACCUCUCAGUCUGAUGCUGUGCAUUUACCACGUGUUUUAGAGCCAACCAAUCUUGAAAAUUUGCACCCUUUUGACUAUGAAUGUGCUUCUGAACAUGCUCACUCAGAACCUAAUUCGUUGAAUAUGAAUCACAAUGAACUUUCUGCAGCCUCAAGGCCUUAUCUCUCAGUGAACAUACCUAGGGAGCAGGGAGAGCUGCUGAGCCGGCUAACUAAGUCUGAUGACUCCCUUAAUGCUCAGUUUCUCAUGUCACAUUCACAUACUUCGGCAGGUCAGGAGGAUCCAGUCCCAAAGUCAUCUGGAAAAUCACAAAUUAUGAAUGCGGUGGCUGAGUCAGCCAUGCGUACUGACUCUAGAGUGGUUGACAGUGAAGGAGUUAAAUAUUCAGCAGAUAAAGACAGUGUAUCAACAGCACGUGAAGCUAAUCCAUUUGUUGAACAUAACUCGGAAACAUCUCUCCCAAACGAUAGUCAUAGGGGACACCUUGUUGAUAGAGGUGAAGUUGAGCAGGCACGUACUGAUGCUAGCAAACCAUCUAAUAGUGAGCAACAUGAUCGUGCUUCUACUCUCGCUGAGCACAAAAGAGCAGGUGGAGCUGGCCAAAAUUCCACCGGUAAUGUUGAUGAGAGUAUCCUUAUAGAUAUCAAUGACCGCUUUCCUCGUGAUUUGCUAUCAGAUAUGUUCUCGAAGGCUAUUUUAUCUGAGGAAUUAUCUAGCAUUAAUCUGCCGCAUGAUGGGGCUGGCUUGAGCAUGAAUAUUGAAAACCAUGAACCAAAGCAUUGGUCUUUCUUUCAAAAUCUGGCUAAGGAUGAUUUUCGGAAAGAUGUUUCUUUGAUGGAUCAGGAUCAUCCUAUUUAUUCAUCUGGACUUGCCAAAGUUGAUGGAGAAGGUCCUGGUGUUUACCAGUUUACACCUUUAUCAACAGAUGGGAUUUCUUCCAGUAAUGUUGAUUCCCACAUGUUUAGUGAAUAUGAUCGCAUAGAGUUGCCUGAUACUGCUUUGGCUGAUCAGGUAGUCUCUACAUCAGAUUAUAACCCCUCCUUGCAGCCAAAAUGUAGUGAAGCUGUCCAAUAUGAUGGUGUUGGGGCUCCAUACUCGGAUUAUGAGGAAGCUAAAAAUGAGACAAAGUAUGUUGGUCUUCCUCCCCUAGGGCCUCUUGUGGACUUUGACAUUAGCACCUUGCAGAUUAUAAAAAAUGAUGAUCUUGAAGAGCUUAGAGAACUGGGUUCAGGAACUUUUGGCACUGUGUAUCAUGGAAAAUGGAGGGGAACAGAUGUUGCUAUUAAGCGAAUAAAGAAAAGUUGUUUUACUGGUCGUUCAUCAGAGCAAGAAAGAUUGACUGUAGAGUUCUGGCAUGAAGCUGAAAUCCUCUCAAAGCUUCACCAUCCAAAUGUGGUGGCAUUUUAUGGCGUUGUUCAAGAUGGACCUGGAGGAACAUUAGCCACAGUUACAGAGUUUAUGGUUGAUGGUUCUUUGCGGCAUGUUCUUCUUAGGAAGGACAGGCAUCUGGACCGCCGCAAGCGACUGAUAAUUGCAAUGGAUGCUGCAUUUGGAAUGGAGUAUUUACAUUCAAAAAAUAUUGUGCAUUUUGAUUUGAAGUGUGACAAUUUGCUCGUAAAUUUGAAAGAUCCUUCACGGCCCAUUUGCAAGGUUGGUGAUUUUGGUCUAUCAAAAAUCAAGCGAAACACAUUGGUAUCUGGUGGAGUAAGAGGAACUCUACCAUGGAUGGCUCCUGAACUUUUAAAUGGAAGUAGCAGUAAGGUCUCCGAGAAGGUUGACGUGUUUUCUUUUGGAAUUGUACUAUGGGAAAUCCUCACUGGGGAAGAACCCUAUGCAAACAUGCAUUAUGGUGCCAUCAUAGGGGGAAUUGUGAAUAACACAUUGAGGCCUCCUAUUCCCAAUUAUUGUGAUCCCGAGUGGAGAGUGCUCAUGGAACAGUGCUGGGCUCCGAAUCCUUCGGCUCGGCCUUCAUUUACAGAAAUUGCGGGUAGAUUACGUUCAAUGGCUGCUGCAUGCCCAACUAAAUCUCCGGGUCCAAAAGCAUCUCACUAGUUUAUCAUCCAUUCGAUGCAGUUUUUUAUGGCAUAUAUCAAUAUUGAAAUAUAAAGCUUCUCUAAGUAAAUGUAUUUUACACACUUAAUUAUCAGCUCCCCUCAGUGUAUUUUCUGAAGCAGGAGCUAUAUAUUCGUAGAUACACCGUCAAUCUUGUCCUAAAUUUCAUAUUCACUUUGAUAAUUUGCAGAACCUCGAUCAUUUAUUUUGUACAGAAGUGUGGUUAAACUUGUGACAACUUUGCCAUUUUCAUAUGUAAUCUCCUUUGGCUAAGCACUUAUUGAUUAUCGAGUAUAUUCAA